AUGGACUCAUCGAAAAUCCCACAAGGUAGUGAAAAAUGCAGCAGCAAUGAAUCAGGGUGGACUGCAUACAUCGCUUCACCAGGUGACAGCGCCGACGAUUAUGAUGAUGGAGAAGAGGAGGAGGGAGGGGAGGCAGAGGCUCGAAGCAGGGAUGAUAAAGAAAUAGAUGAAUCAGAAGCUGAAGAUGCUGAUACUGACGACUCGAUGGCUUCUGAUGCCUCAUCUGGCCCGAGUGAUCAACACGAGCAUGAUACAGUCCUGGAAGAGAACAAGAAUGAAAGCAAGAUUGCUGGUGAGAAACAGGAGGAGAAGAACCAGAAUGAGAAGCAGAUAAAGUCUGGACAAGACAAAUCAGGACAUAAAGCUGAUAGUGCCGGACAUUCUUAA